GGGGAGGGGGCGGGCGGGGCGGGGGUGGUCCUGGUGUGCCCUGGAUUGAGAGCACUGCCCUGGGUACAGCCCCUGCUCUAAAGUCCCCCCGCCCCCCACCAGAAAACAGGCCCAAGGACAAGGGGCCGGCAGAGCCUGGGACCUGGGCGCGCCUGCUGCUCGGGCUGAGAGGCCACAGCUGGGACGGAGGGAAGCGAGCCAAAAGCGAGCAUGACGCAGUAGAGCCGAGGGCUCAGGUAUGACGCCAGAGCUGAAAUGACGUGAGAGCUGAAACUCAUGCAAGGACUGUUCUUUCCCUGUAAGUGAGCAGCGUGCGGGGUCAUGGGUACUGGAAAACCUGGAACCGCACCUUGGGCUAAAGGCCUCAGAAGGUGGCCAUGAGGGACAGUCAGGAGGCGACGGGGACUGCCUUCCUCCUCAAUGUCCCGACUUCACCGAUGGGGAUUACCACAUGAUUGUGGACAAUACAAGAGCAAAAGGGGAAGGACUAAAGCCUAGAUCCCACCGCUGUUUAGGAUCCUCCGUCUUGUCACCUGCUGUUUUCCCUUACCUUUUAACCGCUGUGUGAUGUGGCAUGUCCAGUUUAACCAGUCUUCUUAGUUUUUUGGUAUUAUAAAUAACACUGAGGAGAAGGUCCUGACUUGUAUUUUAGCAGAGACACACAGAGUGUAAAUUUUCCAUGGCAUGUGGAGGGGUGUCUGAGUUGAGAGUCGAAAUGUCCCCAGAAGUCCCUCUUACCCAGAGGCAACUUUCCACAUUUUCUCCUAAUUGUGAAAUGCACUUCUAAUAGCGGGUGUCUGGAAGGCUGACAGAUGUCAGAGGUGUACAGAGACUCCCAGCCCCUAGGGUGCUUUUAUCCUGCAUGGGGAAUGGUCUAACCAGUGGGCAGGGAGCAGAGGGGCCCCUAAUUCAGGACAGGCCACAGGAGAGUGAGCACUUAGCUGAACCUUUUUACAGAUGUGCUCUUUAAAUCCUUGAGGAUUCUUGGGAAAUGAGAAAGGUACCAAAACAUGCAAGAGAAAUGUUCAGACCUUCAAAAGAAAAAGGCAAACCCCAGAAUCACAGAGAACUGAACUAGCCCCCCAAACCUUGCCAGCUUUGUGAAAGCCUGUGAAGCAGAUGGUGUUAAAGCAUUUGGGCAAGGACGCGGGGCUCUCUGGAUGUCCCGGGGCAGAUUGCCCCCUCCCCCUGCAGUGUCGCCGAGGCCCUGGUCCUGCAGGCAGUGGAUCCCUGAGCCUGCCGCAGGCAUAGAGCAGCUACCCUGUUACAAGCCGCAAGGACGGGAAGUUGGACCUGAGUCCCUCUCUUUACUUGGAUUCCCAGCCCCAGCUCAUCCUGGACAUUGAAUUCCUUAAUGAGAAGCAGGACAGCACAGGGGAGGGGACAGCCCUUUGGAACACACAUGCACACACACGCACUCACACACACAUUUGUCUGAGCCUCAGUGCUCCCCGUCUGGGGCCCACAUGAGGGGUUGCACGACUGGUCGGCACAGCGCCUGGCACAGCGGAGCCCUAGAUAAUGAGCAGCACAGUGACCACUCUGGAAGUCUGCAGGCGCAGGACCUCUGCCAAGUUAACAGGUGACCGCCCAUGACUCUGUCCCGGGUGGAAGGCUGGGCUGCGGGCAACUCAGUGUCCCCAUUUAGUCGUGGCCCAGGGCCAAGUACGGCAGCUGGGCUGCAGCUCCUCCUCUUCCUCCUUCUCCCUGCUCCUCCCCCUGCCUGGAGAGGCACAAAAGGCUGCUUGCAAGCAAAUUCCCAGCCUGGUCCUGGGCAGAAAUGACCACAUGUGGCCGAGGGCUCAGGAGGGCCAUGGGUGCCUCUCCCUGCCCCACAUGGAGACGAGCUCUCUCGGACACCAGGGGACGCCUGAAGCCUGAGUACGAUGCAGUGGUGGUAGGCGCAGGACACAACGGGCUGGUGGCUGCGGCAUACCUGCAGAGAUUUGGAGUGAACACGGCAGUCUUCGAGAGACGCCACGUGAUCGGGGGUGCGGCUGUCACAGAGGAGAUAGUCCCAGGGUUUAAGUUCUCCCGAGCAUCCUACCUCCUCAGCCUGCUACGACCGCAGAUUUACUCCGAAUUGGAGCUGAAGAAACAUGGGCUGAGGCUUCAUCUUCGAAACCCCUACUCCUUCACCCCCAUGCUGGAAGAGGGCGCAGGGGGCAAGGUGCCCCGGUCUCUUCUGCUGGGCACAGACAUGGUGGAAAAUCAGAAGCAGAUCGCCCAGUUCUCAAAGAAGGAUGCCCAGGCCUUUCCCAAAUAUGAGGCAUUCAUGGAUCGCUUGGCAUUAGCCAUUGACCCUCUGCUGGACUCAGCCCCGGUGGACCUGGAGGCUUUCCAGAGGGGUUCCCUGCUACAAAGGCUCAAGUCGCUGUCCACCCUCAAGCCCCUGUGGCAGGCAGGUUGCAUCCUGGGAGCCCAGCUGCCCCAGUAUUACCAGGUCCUCACAGCUCCAGCCACCAAGGUGCUGGAUCAGUGGUUUGAGUCUGAGCCUCUAAAAGCCACUCUAGCAACGGAUGCAGUGAUUGGAGCCAUGACAAAUCCCUACAUUCCAGGAAGUGGGUAUGUGCUACUCCAUCACGUGAUGGGGAGUCUGGAGGGGGUUCGGGGGGCCUGGGGCUAUGUCCAGGGUGGCAUGGGUGCCCUCUCUGAUGCCAUCGCAAGCUCUGCCACCGCUCACGGAGUCAGCAUCUUCACUGAAAAGACGGUGGCUAAAGUACAGGUGAGCAGUGGAGGGCGCGUUCAAGGAGUCGUGCUGCAAGAUGGCUCGGAGGUGAGGAGCAAAGUGGUGCUGUCCAACGCGUCGCCACAGAUCACCUUCCUGAAGUUAACGCCACAGGAGUGGCUUCCUGAGGAGUUCUUGGUGAGAAUCGCCCAGCUGGACACCAAGUCGCCUGUUACCAAGAUCAAUGUGGCUGUCAACAGGCUGCCUGACUUCCUGGCAGCCCCCAACACUCCCAGGGGCCAGCCAUUGCCCCAUCACCAGUGCUCCAUCCACCUGAACUGUGAGGACACCCUCCUUGUCCACCAGGCCUUUGAAGAUGCCCUGGAUGGCCUGCCUUCCAAGAGACCCCUGAUCGAACUCUGCAUCCCUUCCUCGCUGGACCCCACCCUGGCUCCCCCCGGCUGCCACGUCAUCUCCCUCUUCACUCAGUACACGCCCUACACGCUGGCUGGAGGCAAGGCCUGGGAUGAGCAGCAGAGAAACGCGUACGCAGACAGAGUGUUUGAUUGCAUCGAGGCCUACGCACCCGGCUUCAAGGGCUCCGUGGUGGGCAGAGACAUCCUCACACCCCCUGACUUGGAGAGAGUCUUUGGGCUUCCUGGAGGGAACAUAUUCCACUGCGCCAUGAGCCUGGACCAGCUGUACUUCGCGCGUCCUGUGCCCCUCCACUCCAGCUACCGCAGCCCGCUCCAGGGCCUGUAUCUCUGUGGAAGCGGGGCCCAUCCUGGAGGAGGUGUCAUGGGAGCCGCUGGACGCAAUGCAGCCCACGUGGUCUUCAGGGACCUCAGGAGCAUGUGACCUCGAACUAACUCUGACCCAGGAAGAUGAAUUCACCCUUGAGAUGUCAGUUUCCCAGGAUAUGGCCUGAGGCAAGCAAGUCCUCAAGGCCCAGGCCACUGUUCUGGAAGAAGCGUACAAGUCACACGGAGUCCUGGUUAACCUCUCAUCCACAGCUUCAUGAAUAAACUGGUUUUGCUUUAUAUAGAUA